UCUAAAGAUAGAUGAUGUAUCACACUCUUAAGUAUGAUGAUAAAGCCAUACCGGCUUUUUCCAUACACUAAAAAGACAAUUUAACACGUCAAAAAAUGAUCUCUAAAUGGCUGAGACAACUAACACGUUAUUUUUAUGGAGAUUAGUAAACGUAUUUUUGGUUUAGUCAAACUUUAAAACCGUUUGAACCGCUUUAAACUACGGACUGUCAACCGAAGAGAGAGAAAGAAUGCAUCCGGCUCGACGUUGUUCGUCGCUUCUUCACCGAGACCUGACCGCCCUGUGUCUCUCAUCACUGGGGACACAUCCAAAGAAAUCCGCUACGCUGAAGUUUUCACGACACUGUCAUUCAAGUGCUCAUCUUCCUCCGCCGAGGUCAAACUCGUCUCCUGUUCUACAAGGUUCUUUACAAGCGUGUCAGAUGGGAAGCAGCAGCAGCAGUAGUAGACUCUUCAGUUCUCUCCCUCAGACUCUGAGCAGCGCUCCACUGGCAGACCCACACGUGGAUAGCGAUGACUACGAAUACGAGCAGGCCGACCCGGAUGCCCUCUUGCGUGAAUGCGAAGAGGUUUUGAGGAAUCGUCCUCCUCGCCUGCACCGGGACAUUAUGAGGAUCAGAGCCAGCUCGCUACAGAAUGAACCCAUCCGCAUUAUGCAGUGGAACAUUUUAGCACAAGCUUUAGGUGAAGGAAAGGACGGUUUUGUGCGUUGUCCGAUGGAAGCCUUAAACUGGUCCGAGAGAAAAUAUCUUAUUUUAGAAGAGAUCCUUACCUACAGACCCGAUGUGCUAUGCCUGCAGGAGGUGGAUCACUACUUUGACACUUUCCAGCCUGUAUUAGCCAGCUUGGGAUAUCAAAGCAGCUUCUGCCCCAAGCCGUGCUCCCCCUGCUUGGACGUUCACAACAACAAUGGUCCAGAUGGAUGCGCUCUGUUCUUCAGCCGCCGACGUUUCCAGCUGCUCCAAACCAACCACCUCAGACUGUCCGCCAUGAUGCUCAAGACCAAUCAGGUGGCCAUUGUGGCUACGCUUCGCUGCAGGCUCACGGGCCAAGUCUUCUGCGUGGCAGUAACUCAUCUGAAAGCCCGGAGCGGCUGGGAGGCAUUUCGGAGCGCACAAGGGUCUCAUCUCCUCCAACAGCUCCAUAACAUCACCACUCAGUCGUAUCCAGAGAUGGACCAGGAGGAAGGAAUUCCAUUGGUGGUAUGUGGAGAUUUCAACGCUGAGCCAAGCGAGGAAGUGUAUAGACGCUUCAUGACGUCCCCACUGGGACUGGACAGUGCGUACAAGUGUCUAAGUGAGAACGGGACUGCAGAACCGCCUUAUACUAGUUGGAAGAUCCGUCCUAGCGGAGAGAGCUGCUCCACGUUGGACUACAUUUGGUACACGGAAAGAGCAUUCCGUGUGGACGCUGUGCUGAGGAUACCCAGUGAAGAGCAGAUUGGGCCAGACCGGCUUCCCUCUUACCAUUACCCCUCUGACCAUCUGUCUCUGGUGUGUGACCUCAGCUUCAAUCAGCAGCCUCAUAGGCUCAUGUAGCUGUCAAUCAUUAGUGCUAUUAGUGUGUCUAGAGACAUUCCUAGAGCAUGUGUGAGUGUAUGUCUGAAUGCAUUACAUUCGUAUUAGAAUGUAACUAAUGUCAUUCACAUAACCCUUAUUUUUACCUGCUGAAGUAGGUCUUUAUACACAUCUGAUGGACUGAUAUAAAUGCAUUUAUUUUCCUGGAUGGAGAUUAAUGAUGCAUUGUUUGUAAAACAGAGGUUGUGCAAUAGUCUGUAAUUUAUUAAGUGCUGAAUGAUAUCAUGAUCUCAGGAAGACGCACAUUCUUGAAACGGUUGCACACGUGAAAAGACGUUUAUAUUUAUAUGACUGUUCAUUUUUUCCCUUUAAAUUAUUGUAAUCACCAAUAUGUUUGCCAAUGGAAAAUAAUAUAAAAGUGUCACACAUUUUGACUGGACGUGGUCUCUUUUUAUUUUUAAAGCAAGUGUGAGCUGUUUGGAACAGUUAGGUGGGAUUUUCCAUCUGUAUUGAUAGACAGUAAGAGUACAGAAAAGUGUGAUUUAUUUCAAAUGCAUACAGAGUGAAUGUUCAGACAAUUUUAGUUAACAAAUCCUUCUGAGGGAAUGCGUUUAGUUUAAGAUGUAAUAGAAUAGUUCUGUCCUUAAAGGACGCAUUCAUAUAGGUGACGAAUAAAGUUUGACAAACAGUUGCAUACAAAACCAGUGCCUGAGAGAAUUUCAAGAAAAGGAUCUCUAUUAAAUUCAGCUCACUCCACUUUAAUGAGAGAAUAUUGAAUGCAAUGCUACCCUGCAAACUCUAUCACCCUGAUGCGGUCAUAUUAUAAAAAUAAUGAAAGUCCCCUGCCAUAUUGCUUCAAGUACAGUGGCAUGCAGUUCAAAGCUAUUCCUAUACGAAUAUAAAUUAUAUAACAUCCUAAACAGAUAAAACACAUGACAGUGGUUUUAACUUGCUGAAUGUUACCAUUUCUUCCUUGGAGACAUUAUGCGGUUUUCUAAGACUGUUCUGAAGAUUACAUUUUACCAUCUUGAUGCAAAGAUCCUGAUCAGGGCAAUUUAAUCUAUUUUGGUCUACAUCUGAGCCAAUCAGAUUGCUAAACCUCGGAGCAAGGCUUUGUUCUACGUCACCGCAAACACCAACAGAGCUCUGGCAAAUAUUACAUUAGUCACAGAUAAUAAGGUCUCUCAAAUGAACAUUAAGCUGUAUAUUUAGGGACAGUUAUAUUCAAAUAUAGAUACUAACAGACUCUUGGUGUUACAAUAGUUUCAACAAAACAAUAGUACUGAAGUGACUUUAUUACCAAAGGUCCAACUAAAAAUAUUUAUGUUCACACUUAUGACAAUCCUUAUAUAGGUCAUAUGACCUGAAACAGAAGGUCAACUAUAGAAGGUCAUGAAGAUCAGUUAACAAAAUUACGUUUUGCACACAAAAUGAAACAAAAACAAAGCUGGUUAAAUUUUUUUUUGCAUAAUUUGUUUUCUAUAUUUAAAUCUACUUGGAUACAUUUUAGCAUAAGAAUACAACAAAAUAUAUGCUUCAUAUAUUGAAUAUUCAAUAUACUGUAUUUCAGACAUUUUCUUUCCCUUUCUGUACAUAAACAAAAGUGAUUCACAAAGUACAAAGCCACGGAUGCAUGGUACACAAGAAAGAGACAGUGGAGAAACACGAGAAAACUAUUUUAAAAGAUUGAAAUGAAACAAACACAAAAAUUGAAUGUCCUUCGGAAAACAGUUUCCUUUGAACUGUAAAAAACACUUCCUGGUAUAAAAUAUAAAAAAUC